CUUAAGGUGGCAUCAGGUUAUUGUGAGAAUACACGAAUCCGAGAAGGAAAAACAAAUGCCUUCCGGGUCAAGGAACGUAGAGGAGAAUCAAACCAGAAACAUUAUCCACCUGCAUUGGAUGAUGAGGUCUGGAGGUUGGACAAGAUUGCCAAAGAUGGGAUAUCUCACCAAAAUUGAAGAGAGCUGGAAUACAUAAAGUGCAGGACUUUCUCCAGCACCUGCAUAAUGACUCCAAGAAACUGAGAGAGGUUCUUGGAAAGAGCAUAACAUCAACGCACUGGGAGUGCCUCGUAGAUCAUGCAAAGACUUGCACAAAUUGGAAAACUUAUGAGAACCAUCCUAAUGACAUGAGUAAGCAUGCUGCUGUAUUCAACACUGAUCGUCAGCUGACCGGCCUAAUCAACGACAUUUUAUAUUCAGCUACUGAUCGACUUUCUGCCCAAGAGAAGGAACCUGGAGAUGCAAUCAUAAAAAAGGCGGCCUUUGAUAAUCGGAAUGAUGUUGGGGAGUUCCAUUGUGAGAUCUUUUCUGGUUCGAUGCUAAAGAAUAGCUCUCAAGUUAUUGAAAGACAAAUUGGAAAUCUCAUACCUGUUCAAUGUCAUUCAGCUCCACGAACCUGUGCCACUUCAGUUGGUCCGGAAGCUCUGCCAGCAAAUGCGGGCUCCCCUGUUGAAGUUCUUUCUCCAGGACAUAAUGGUGUAGCCGAUUUGCCAUUGCCGGUACAGUCACAAAUUACCGGUUGUGGGGAUGCCAUGGAGUUUCCAGUUGAUGAAAGUGCUCCUCCUGCUGCGAGCCAGCACCUAUCUGCAAACCGCCGGAAUGCUCAAUUUUCUCAGGGAGAUGGUGGUAGUACUUGCUUCGGACAGCUGAUACAGUCGCCUGAUAUCAUUUCGCAGGAAGCCACGGGUAGCCAAAUGUCCAAUCCGUGGAGGCAAACGGACUCUACUACAGUAGAAGAGCUUGCUCUCCCCUCUGAACCACCCGAUGCCCCUCGUCCUGAAGGCGAUCACGCAAUGGAAGAUUCCCAAUUCGACGAUGCAGAUUCUCCGAUGGAUUACUUGAGCAUACUAGAUUUUGGCACGACGUUUCAGACCCCACCAGGGAUGAUGGUUCUGUUUAGGUGCCAGCAAAGGUCGGUAAUGGCUGUGAUGCAGUGGGUUUCUUCAUCAGGAGGAGAGGCGUCCGAAUUUGUGCAGUUAGAUGGACCGCCAAUUCAAGGCAUGACAGGGAAUAAGUGGGAAGACCUCCUAGAUCAUGCAAAAACUUGCCCUGUGAAUAAGAAAAAUUACAUGUUACACGAUAAUGAAGGAGAUCGUGGUGUUAUAUCUGACAAUGUAGGAGAAAGGCUCAAUGAUGACAAGGACCUCAGUGAUGAGACUAGUCCAAUGCAGGAGAAAGGCUCAAGCGCUUUUCCAUCUCAAGUCUCUGAAGGUCAAAUUCAAAACCUCACCCCUGUUCAAUAUAAUUUGGCUCCAGGAAUCUGCACUGCUCUUGCAAAUGCGGGCUCUACUGCUAAAGGACAUAAUGGUGUAGCUUUGGCAUUACCAGUACAGUCACAAAAUAACAAUCUUGCAAAUGCCUUAGAGCAUCCAGUGAUCACACUUUUCAUCUCACUGGACAUCAGCUCGUAUUUGUAG